AUGCGCGGAAUUCACAACUUCCACAACAUCAUUUAUCGUUUUCUUGGUAUGUUUGGUUAAAGCUCAUCGAGCUAUCUAGUCAAAACUGAUUUUUAUAUGUUCAGAAGUCAUUUUCGUGUGAAAAAGUAUUUAUUUUUCGAAAAUAGUUUAAAAUAAGCGUAUUUCUACUUUUGAAAGUGCAAAACUACUUUUCUCUAGUUCCCCAUCAGCAAGUUUAAAAACCUAACUCUGGCAUCUCUAGAAACAAACAUAGUCUAAAAUUUGUAGAAAACGAGCCAGGCAGAAAAGCUACGGUAGAGAACAGGAGUUAAAACUAAUCAUUCUGAUCAACUUGACUCAAAAAAUCAUCGGCACCAGUUCUUUAUCCUUCUAGCUUUCCAUCUCUUUAACUUUCAUCCUUUCUAUCCGUUCAACAUUCCAUCCUUUCAGCUUUCCAACGGUUCAGGUAUUCAUCUUUGCACCAUCAUCCUCUACUAGUUUUCAAUAUCAAGAAACUAAAAUGUCCGGAUAUUCUUGAAAAUAAAAUAGACCACAAUAUCUCAGAACGACAAAAAGCUUCACUUUGGCCUUUCGCACAAUACACUAUCCUUUGGCUUUUAGACAUCUCUAACUUGUGCCUAACAACAAUGGCC